CGACAGCGCAGACAGACGACGGACCGACGAGGCAAGCGAGGUCAAGUGAGACAACGGAACACAGACAGCAGCAUCAGGCACGCAGAGGCACAACCAACCGGCAAGGAUGGAGCGGGCAGAGGUUGGCAUGGAGAAGGCGGAGCAAGAGGUGUGGCUGCUGAGGAUACCAGAGCCACUCGCCUCUGCAUGGGCAGCUGCACAGGACGGCACGCGCCUUGGCGAGAUCAGGGUGCCCACAGACGACGCCGAAGAGCAUCCUGAGAAGCGACCCAAGAUGGAGCUGCGCGCAGACGUGCCACUGCUGGAGGAGGAUCAGAAACGGGAGAAGCGGUUCAUCCCUUCCCGAUAUGCGGUGCGACAGGUGCCGACCGAGAACCUGGCCAUCUUCGCCGAGGAGCAGGCUGCGCUGAAGAACGAGGACGGGACGAUUGCCGACGACGCCGGCAGUAUCCUCACGGCGCAGGCGCUCGGGCAGGUGACCACGCGAGCAGACUGCGUCAUCAUGCAUGGGGAGGAGCUUGAUCUCUUCAUCAAGACGCGCCCGACAGAGCUCAGCGAGGACAAGAUGACAAAGGAGGCCAGCAAGGGCAUGACACAAGACGGCUUGCUUAUGACGCAGUCACUCAUCAAGACACAGAAGCGCGAGCGCACAAAGACCAGGAAACCGGAGAAGGAAGUCAAGGAACUGUUGUUUGGUUUGUUCAGGAAGCACGAGUACUACACACUGGAUCAGCUCUCACAGCUCACACAACAGCCAGCGCAAUACCUGGCGAGCAUUCUGCGGACUGUCGCUGUCAGAGAACAGAGUGGCGAACACAGAAACAAGUGGCAUUUGCGGAGAGCGUUUCGGGAGUUUGACUGAUGGCUGCUGUGCGACAGCUACCACGGAGCAAUGUGUGUGGAAGGAAACAACAGUGCGCCACAACGCUUGUUUGAUGCUACGUUGACGGCACCUUGUACACAUGGUGGAUGUGUGGAUGUGGACAUAGACACUUGCUGGUUCGAGGCGUGUGCUCUCGUUUUGUUACACGGCAUUACAUCUCGACAGCACGUUCAUGGCGCGCG